AGGGUCGAAAAGGUUUUAAUGAAACAGUUGAUAGAGUAACCAGCGAGAAGUUCAGGAAGUUGUGUGCGAGAUGGGAGAACCCAAAAGGUUAGUAUUUUAACAGACUGUCUUUCCUGCAUGUUAGAGGUAUAAAGAGAAACAAAAACGGUUAUGUUCUGUGGCUCAUUGUUGUCAGUUGUCGUUCGGUGUGAAUACUACUAGUAAGUGUGGCGGUAACGCAAGACAUCCACGUUGUGAAAUCUCAUGGCUUCUUUGGGAUAAAAUUCGAGGGCAUGUGUUAAAUUUGGACUAAUGUUACUGCAUUGAUUGUCUGGUCUGGCGCUUGUAAGCAAUAGAAACUACUGUAUUCAUCCCCACAAAAAACUGCUAUAAACUAAGAAGUAUAAUAAUUUGAUAAUGUUAUACUUGUAAUGUGCUGUAGAAAUAUGUUAUCAAAUGCCAUAGAGAAAUGUCCUCAGCUUAGGUUUGGUACCACCAAUAGUGGUUAACCAUCCUGCUAGGAAAGCCUUUCUUUUACUUCCUUGAUUUUGGCGUACUUGAGAAAGACUCUGCUUGAAUCAAGAACGAUCAUUGUUGAGCUUGCGUUGGAUGUUCCUAGGAUACAUUUUUGAACACAGGACUAACAGCCAUGCGCUUGGUGUAGUGGGCUCAGUCAUAACCAUUGCUGUAUCAAUAAAAGGAUGCUACAGUCAAAAAAGCCACAAUGCAGUUUGACGAGAGCUAGCCCAGAGGUUUGGGCUGCAGCGACCUCAGUGGCUUGACGUGAUUCAGGAAGAGCCUCCUUUUCGACGUUCUCUUUCAAGAAAACAAAAGGAGGCUGUGCUCGCAGGGUGGUGGCUAACAGGGUAGCCAAUUAAAUUAACUGAUACAAAUGGUGUCCUCAGAAUUUACCCCUGCCUCAUGUUACUUGAAACAAAAUUUCAUGACAAAAAAACUAUGGUGCAUGCAUGAAGUACCUGAAAAUUAUGUACUUUCAGCCUUAAUUUCAGCAUUCGUGUUUUUUAAAUACAGUCCACCUAGCCUGUGAGAACAGACACCUUUUGCGGCUGUUGUUUCACUCAGUGGGUGAAAGUUUGAAAUCAAUGCUGGGGGAAAUUAGUUGAUGAAAUGUGAUAUACUUUACCAGGUAAAGUAUAUUUUUAGAGCAAAUGUCUAAAAAGAGACCAAGAAAGAUGUGAUGAAAGCAGGCUUGUAUGUUAUAUUUUAGGUGUACUUGAUUCAAUUAUUUAUUUCACUUUGACUUCCAGGUAUGGGCUCAUAAUUCCAAGCAAAAAGUCUGGCAACAAACCCAUAAAGAAGCUAGCAGUCUUUGGAAAUGACUCUAGUGACGAUGAGGUAUGCUUUUUGACACUUAAGCAGCUUUUUUGUAACUAACAGAGUCGUGUAACAACAUAUAGGCCAAUAUGUUGCUUUGGUAACCCUGCUAUAAACCAUAGACUGUUUCCCUGUUUGGGAAAAUAAUGACACAUGCAGCCUAUCAUAUUCUCACAAUAAAUCUUAUUCACGAUACCCACCAUCUGUGCAGGCAGUCUUUAGGAUCGAUGGGAUAAAAGCAAUGUUAUGUGGUAUUUCAAGGAGCAAACAAGUGAUAAAAUUUUGUAAUCGUUGUAGUAAUCAUUGUCGAGUUUGUAUAUUCUAUCUUUAUUCGAGGCAAUGAUUUAAUGGUCAUGCAAAAUGUCCAGUUCAUUUUUCAAGAACAUUUACAUCGUUGUUUGCUAUAAGGACAUUUACAGUCGCUUCUGCAUCCAAAAAAGUAACAAUGAUGACUUCCACCCAUAAUUUACCAUUAUCAUCUUUACGUGAAAAGUUCUUAAUUUUUUGUUGUCUAGAAUAGACAAACUCGACCAUGAUUUCUUGCAUUCACAAAUUUUUUUCACUUGUUUGCCCCCUGAGUAAAAUGGGAAAUUGCUUUUAUCCCAUGCACAUACAUAGAUGUCAUGGAUAUCAUGAAUAAGGUCAAUUACUAAAAUGCUUGUGGUACUCUAAUAUUUCAACCAUAGCCUGGGAAACCUAGACAAAUUUGAAGUUUAGUGUAAAUUUGGAAAGAACUUCUACAGUAGUACUGUUAUUGCUCCAGACAGCCAACAAAAGUGUACUUUUAAGUUUACAUGUAUCAUUAUUUGUUCAAAAAUAUAUUUCUCUGUUUCUUAUUAGCUUAAUAGCCUGCUAAUGUUGUGGCUACAUGCCUGAGAUUGACUACACUUGCUGCUCACUUCAUGGAUUAGUUAAACUGAAAUUUUAUUUAUAAAUAUAUGUAUAAUUAACUGUUACGAAAAAUUUCCAUAGGAUAGCGCUCACAAAGAAGUGAAUUUAUCACUGAUUCAAGAGGCUCAAAAGAAGAAGCAAAUGAAGCAGGUAAAGAAUAAAUUGCACUCUGUUCAUCUUAAUAUUAUUACUAAUUACUGUAAAAUCCCAGUUAUUUGUAAUAGAAGAUAUAGUAGCAAACCCCAACCUCUUAUUUAGUAUAAUUAUGCUGUGUAUAGGUAGCCAUUACAACACCUGACGGAGGAUCAUGAAGUUUAUAACUCUACAUGUAUUGAGAUCUCUCUUAUAAAUCUUUGUAUACAGUUAAAGCCACAAGCAAGAAUGUAGUAUUUAAGAACCUGUAAGGAAAUAUACAAUGUGUCACUUAGACAUCGCUAUACAAUAAUCUGUUUAGCCUAAAAUUUGAAACAGAUUCCUUUUUUCUAAACUCUGUAAAAAAAUUGUACUCAACAUCUGGGAUCCUAUGUAGAGACACAGGUGCCUUAUUCACCCAGUGGCAAUUAGGCUUUUGUACACUUCCAUGCUUUUGUUUCCACACUAAAGUACUCUACUUAAAUGCUCUAUUUUCUCACUUAAAUGCUUGGUCACCCCCCAGUCAUUAAAAUGCUUAACUCAAGCUCACCAGAGCGAGGCUUUUUAUUAAUUCUAACUGUUGUAAGAGGGUUUACAGUAUGUAAGACUAACAGUAAUGUCUUUAAGUGGUUUGAAAGCAAUGUAUACAAGUUUUAAUAGUUUUAAUACAGCAAAAAAUGAUCCUCUACGUGGCUGUACUAUUAUUAAUAUUAAGGUGAAAUUUGAGUCAUCAUUUUCUCUUAAAAAUGUUCAAUAAAAUAAGAUUUAUUUUGAAGAUUAAAUUUGGCCACAUCACUGUAACAUUUUUUAAUAAAGAGCAAAGGGAGGGAGGGGGCUUACAGUGCGACUACUCAAACUGGGGCACUUAAAAGAAGUAGUAGUUGCCCUGUAAAAGGCAAGGGGGACUUAAUAACUGUCUUCCCCUAAAAUGGGGGGGGGGGGGUGCGUAUUAGGGGGCUUAAAACUUGGAUUUUAUGGUAUUACUCUUUGGAAAUUAAAUACAUUGUUUUUCUUUGACAUUAGACACAGAUUGAAAUCCAAAAAGCACUACGUGAAGAUCCAACUGUAUAUGAGUAUGAUGCUGUUUAUGAUGAGAUGGAAGAGAAGAAGAAAGCUGCUAACGUAAAAGUUCCAGAGAAAGACAGAAAGGUACACAUGUUUAUUUAUUAAGCCCCAAGGCUUAUAUUUUUCAAAGACCUUAUUAGAGGGGCUUAUCUACGGAGGGAAAUUUGCGUUUCAAAACCGAUUGGGCUAGCCUUAUAGUUGGAAGUAAAUUUACUGUUUUUGCUUUGUUUUACUUUGUAUUUGAGGGCAAUUUUCCAGGUACGAGCCCCCGGGGGGCUUAUAUUUGGAGGAGCGAUUUAACAGAGGGUUUUUGCGUUACCGUUUUGGGGGGCUUAUAUUUGGAGGGGCUUUUACAUGGAGGAGCUUAUUUUCGGAAUUUUACGGUAUUUAAUUGCUUUCACCAUGAUUAUAAUGCUAAAAUAAGACUAGGAAAAAAAUUACAUUUGAACAUGUCACAAAAACGACAGACGAAGGUGCGGAACACACAACAGAACGAGGCUCCAAUUUAAGACAGUGUUUAGCAAUACGUUUAAAGUAACUAAAUUGAAAUAGCUUUGUGCGGCACUUGGGAGUUAGUACGUCUUGAUCAGAGCUGUUGUGGGUGAGACGAGUGCCUUUAGGCUUGACGUAAUCAUCUACAUGGGUAACGUGUAGUGGCCAGCACGACAAAAAAAUUAAGUCUUUCACUUCAUGCCAGUAUGUUAACGGUAGCAGAUUGAGGCGAGAAAGGCGCUCAAGAUAAGAAAUAUCCUCUUGCCAGUGCGUAUUUAAGAUGAAUUUUGACGCCCUGCGUUGAAGACUCUCUAUUUUUGUUAUACUACAUAUCGUACUGGGAGCCCAUACCUCGCAAGCAUAGCCAUGAUAUCUUACAAACGUGAGAUAUAGUACUUUCUUUAAUUCCAGGGUGCGCUGUGCCACUGGUUGACCUCUGAAAUCUUUACCGAAGCUGGAUGGAGUUUAACCAAUGGCUCAUCCUCGGAGACCCAGGGGCAGUCAGUCGGGUCGGGAAAGAAAACGCGCGACGAAAGUAUUCAAGCACAAGUGUUAUUUUCCGCUUUUUACCCUGGCUCAACUGACUGCCCCUGGGUCUCCAAGGAUGCCAGUGGCUGAGAAUUGGCCAAAAUUUUAACUGUCUGCUAAGACAUUAAGUUCUUUUUAAAUGGAUAGCUGAGGUACCCGAGAAAUGAGCUAAAAUUUUCACUUGUAACUUAGAAAUUGCUGAAAAUUGGACUGAUAAAAUAAUAGGGAACUUAAGAACCACGACGAAGUUCACGACGACGACGUCUGUUGACUGGGAAAGGACUGGAACGAGAACGUCAGUUUCGGCGGGAAAAAGGAAACUUAAGAUGCAGUCGAUCGGUGGGUCGACGACGACGACACUGAAUGUAAACACACAUGUAGAAGUAGUACAACUGUGAUGUUCGUUCACAACAACGUUUUUUCGCAAAGGCGUCUUUUAAGACGAUGCAAGAUCUUAUUUUAUAAGCCGUACGUCUACUUUCUUUGACGAUGAAGAAUUUUUAGUGUUGUCUGACCUUUUCGAAUGGAAAAAUCUCUGCUUUCCGUACGAAGGUUAUUCAACUUUCAACCUGAAUGACAUGACCGAGUCCGAGUGUCUGUCAGAGUUUAGAUUUGGAAAAAGAGACAUUCCGAUGCGAUAGCUGUUUUCCAUAUAAAGUUCAUUUCCUCUGUAUUAAAGAUAUAUGAUUUGCCUGACCUAAAUACGUACAAAUAAAUUUGUCACGUACGAGUUCGCUCGCUCGGCCUGCACAGCUCAGUGUUGUCUUCGAAGUAAACACAAUUCAUCAGUCAAAUUUUCAAUCAACAUCGCUUGUUAGCAGAAAAAAGAAAGGAUACCUGGAUUUACGAGGUGAAAAAAUACAAAGCCCUUGAAAAAUCGCUUAAAAACAGGGAGUUAUACCUGCCGAAGCUUGUGGACUGCAGGACGACGUGACUCUACUGUGUUUGGCGUCGUCGACGACACCACGACGACGAAAUUUGUUAACCGCGCUUGCGCAGUGCACGGUAUCUCACUUCCGGUCGUCGUCGACAAAGUCGUCGUCGUGGUUCUUAAGUUCCCUAAUGUGACUCGAAUACCCCAUUGCACACCCUGUUUACCCUACUCACGACCUACUCCCGGCUGUCGAAGCUGUCCUCGAAGCUGAGUCAGUUAGAACUCUGCUAGAUCUAACCUAGAGGUGGUCGUGACUUCAAUUCACGGCGGGGUCAAAAACAUUUUCUUUUAUUCCUUGUUUAUCUCACUUUCCUCCCUAGAACUUACAGUUCAGAAGGAUCUUUAGAGUUUCUCACUUCUCAGCACUUACAAUAUAACACAAUUUACAUUAAAUUUCCCUUUACUUUAUACCAUUAUGGUAUAGGGUGAAGAGGGUCUGCACGGAUGUAUACCAGACUUGUUCAUCCUUAAUCAUUAACCUUCCUCAGGACUAGACACCGACAAAUUACUAUAAUGCCCCCAUUUUUAUCCCUAUUCUAAAGCUAUUCCGAAUUAGCUUUAGAAACUUCCUCAGGUCACUGAAUAAGAAUGCAGUUGAACCUCUCCACAACGACCAUCUUGGGAACAGAAGAAAGUGACCGUUGUAGAGAGAUUUAAACAAGAGUCAAUGUAUGGACUGUCCGCCUAAAAAGUGGCCGUUGUAGAGAGCCGCGGCUGUUAGUGGAGGUUCGACUUAAAAAAAAAUUGAGUGUUGUGAGAUACAGCUGUUUCGAGAAAGGUUGUCGGAAAAAGUGCACGCGACAAUCCCGAAAGGUAUUGUGGGUGGUUUUCAGUUCACUGUUUUUCAAAGAAAUUUCAAAGAAUGGCAAGAGAGGCCAUGCAGAUAUGUUUGCCAGUGCUAAAGGAAACCAACAAAAGUAGGUUCGACAGCUACAGUGUCAGGAACAAGUGUAUUGAUCAUAUCCCAUAUUACCUUUCGGCUUGUCGCGUGCACAGUUUUUGCGACACCCUUUCUCGAAAUAGCUGUAAAAACCGUUAACGUUUUGGAAAUUUGCAAAACUGUAGCCAAAGUACAUAGAGGGUCUACUGAAGUCUGCUGCAGCCCGGAAGAGGGAGUUUGAGCGGACAGUGGAACGACAAGUACAGAAGGAAAGAGAAAAAGAAGAGGGACAAUUUAACGAUAAAGAAGCUUUUGUUACUGAGGCGUAUCCUUUUAUUUAAAACGUUAGUUACUGGCUUAGGCUGCAAAAGCAGUGUCUUUUCUUUUGCUGUUUUCGCCUCGGUGUGUUACCCUGCGAACAGAGUCUCCUUCGAUCUUCCUGCUAGCAGGGUACUAGUAGGACUGUUUACAGUCCUCUAUUUUUUCGUAAGAUCGUCGAGAUCGAGCGCUUUGCGUUACGGGCUGCCAUCUUGCAUGAGUGUCAAAACUACUUAGGGGGCAGGGGGCGGUUUGGGAGGAGCUAUUUUUCUCGCCCGCCACCCCUUGGAGCUAUAAUUCCCGACGCCCGCUGCCUCGGUACAUUUAAAAAUCAAGAUGGCCGACCUUAACGGUAAGACGCGCUAUAUCUCAACGAUCUCACGAAAAAAUAGGGGACUGUGAACAGUCUAGCAGGAUACGGUAAUUUGGAUAAAUUGCAAAGUCCUUAUCGUUAAUUGUAGUUCACACGUUUGCGUGCUCGAGUAUGAUGCAAGAAAAGCUUCGGUAAAACGGGCAGCACAAACUUAAACGUGCAACUUGUUUUCCAACAUUGCUGCAAAACGAGUUGGAAAGUUAUGUUGCGUGUUUUACUAACCACGUUCAAACCUUUCUUGCAACAAAUCAGGUUCAGACUGUCAAAUGUACUUAGCAUCAUUAGCCAUAGUCACUGAGACUCUAAGGCUGUCUUGAUUAAUAUCCGUAAUGCGACUUUUUAGGUUGAAGAUUUGCGAAGAAAAGGGGGAAAAAUAUCGGCUCUAUUUUGUUUUUCCUUUUCCCCGUCCCAUUACUCCCGCGCACCGCAAUCUAACUUCUUUCGCCACUGAAAAAAAGGAAAUUGCAACUGGAGAGAAACUCGAGAAUGAGCCAAUUUGACGAAUAUCAAACUUCUGCCGGUCAGGCGGUAUUGUUCCAUGAAUGUUAAGCCUGAUGGAAACUGCAGACUUGACGCCUUGUCUUCAUUUGAGUUUUUUCAACGGCUAUAAUGAAGGCCAAGAAAUUGCAAGGAAGUUAUAAAACUCACCUUUCUUUGUUCUCGGUUGUUUUAUUCUUGACGCAAUUUACUUCAGAUUCCGUAAGAAAAUGCAAGAACAGGCAGAGGAGGAAGAGAGACUCAAACGACGAGAGGCCAUUGAUGGUAAGCUUAAGUAUUGAUGGAAGGCGAAGCAGUUUUAGUGGAUAAUUGGGUCGGACUUUUGAUCUGGAGGUCCGCCCGGUUCAUGCCGAUUGUUCAUGUAGUAUUGAUACGAGAUAUUGCUUCACAUACUCUCCCUUCAAUCAGUCGACAAAUGUGUACCAGACACAUUUUUAACCAUAGGCUGGCAUCCCGACGACGGCGGCGGCGGCGAAAACGUGAAAAAGUUAACUGGCGCUGUUUAACACUUCAUAAGUCUUGCUCCAUCUCGGUCGAAUUCUUCUGGAGUUGAAUUCUAAAGACUGUAUCUAUUAAAUAUUUAAAAAAUAGAAAAUAGUUUCCUUGUAUUCACGUUCUCCAUACAACGUGAAGUUAGGAAGUUUCACGUCGAAGUCGUGCAACGAAGGCAAGAAAAGUUGUUGAUGUAAACCGAUUGCUUUUUUGCCGUUCUCGUUGCCGUCGCCGUCGUCGUUGCUUAAGGUCUAAAAACUUCAUGCUACCGAAAAGAAGCUCCCUUCAAAUGGGCGUCGUGACUCGAGGUGUGCCUUUAAAUAACAGCUACUAAGAAAAACUAGAGAGGAUAUGCAUGUGUUCGCUUUGACCUCUAGCUUAGCCACCUUUUGUUUACUUUUGUUAUUUCCACUUCUGUUUCGCCCAAAGAAUGAAUUAGAAGGUAACAUUAUUAUGGCCUGCGAGCUAGCUUUUUGCGGCAUAAGACUCUUCGCUUCUCGCGAUCUGAAAUAAAGACCUAUUCUUGACCCCAGUGCCUUUCAGCCUGCCCUCUAAGCGCAAAAGAGCUACGGGGCCAAGAUUAAUGGAGAGGUUGCUCACAGGGUAAUGAUUUUCUGCCACUGCAUGACAACAAGUGCAUGUGGAAGGUCCCACGGUGAUCAAACGUCAAACUUCAUCUUCAUAGUCAUGCACUACAACCAUUUCUACAUUUGGCUUUUAUAAUUGUUGUUGAUGCUACGGAUAGAGCUGUUUCGUGGAAAACCAAUUAGUCCCUGUCUUAAUUUGUUGUUGUUGUUGUUGUAGCUGCCAAUGAUGUGACGAAGCAGAAGGAUUUAAGCUUAUUUUAUCGGAAUCUUCUAAACCGGAACGUUUCACUAGGAGGCUCAUUUACUGCCGACAACGCGACAAAAACAGAUUCACAUGAGGAGAAAAAUAACAGAGGCGAAUCAAAACAAAAGGAAGAAGAGGCGACUCAAGACACAUUUGAUGAUAAACAAUCUGAAAAGCAUAAAAAUAAAGAUGACAAAAGGCAUUCAACAAGUGAGGAAAUCUCUCGUGAAAAUAGAGGACGCCCGAGUAGUCCCAGACAUUCAAGACAUCAAGAUCAUGGUAGGCGGAAACGAAGAGAUAGUGAAAGUGACGAAGAUGGACGAAAACAAUCGUCAGAUUCGCCCGAAAGGGAACGACGGCGACACAGUGACAAGGAACGGCACGAUAAAGAACAUCGUAAAAAGUCGAGUCAUUCCGAAAGACACCGAUCAAGCUACGACGAUAAUCGACACUCAGAUCGUAGUCGAACCAGCCACGAUGAUCGACGAGAGAGAGAUCGUAAACGCGAUCGUGGUGAACGGGAUCGCAAAGAAAUAGACUCGGCGGAAAAAACUGAUAAAGAAAGCAGUAACGUCGACCAAAAACCUAAAGAUUCAAAAGAAAAGGUGAAAGAAGAAACUGUUGGCAAAUUCGCUAAACGAAGUACAGAUGAGACUGUCAUGUCUGCUAAAGAGAGAUAUCUCGCACGCAAACGCGCGCGUGACGCUGAAAACACUACCAUGCGAAAUGACGACAGCGACGAAGAAUAA